UGUACCAGAACGGUUGCCCUCUGCACUCCACCCAUCGGUCAAGUGGAGAUAAGCCAGCCAGCCAGGCCUUUUCGAUCUUCGGCGCCAUCCGUCCGUCUGUCCGCAUGAAUCGAAGCGGGCGGGCGCCGAGAUCUUCCUGUCGCCGCCUCGCCUGUGGCCGCGCCUCAAAGGCCGGACUGGCGCGGAUAGGCGGGCGGAAAAGUGCAGCAGCGACCGUGUGCUUAGCUGCGAAGAGGGGACGCGGAGGAAUCUUAGCCUGACUGAAGUGAGGUGAGAGCCGCUGAGGUGAUCGUGCUCAGCAUUGCUCCUUCGCGCCUUGGACUUUUGCCUCCCUGUGAGCUUUAUUCCAGCUCACUUGACGUCAGCGCGGGAGCUUUUCUGCUCGACCCCAUUUCUCUUCAUCUCAUCAUCUCAUCCUAGUUAAGCUCGGGGUACCCUCCUCUCUUUAUCCAUCGCCACUAACAGCGUCGCAAGGCAUCACCCAUCAUGGCCUCGACACAUUACGACGUGGAGGACACAUCUGCAUUCGCAUCUACCUCACGGCUUGAGGACCAGCAGCAGCGGGAGGACCGGUACGGCUCAGUGGCCAGUGCUGAGAUGGCGCGGGGUAGCAGCUCAUCAUCCGCUGCUAGCGACGGCGAGGCGGAUGACUUUGCUAUCUUGUACAGCGACGAGGAGGAAGAGGAGGACACGGGCGCCAGGAGCAGCCCACCAUCAAGCAGGGCGAGUGUCACCAACCUCUGCACGGCAGCUGAGGAGCUUGCGACCGAGCAUCAAGGCGGACAGCGGCACGACACAUCGUCCGCCACCCUGAUGGCGCCCGCUGAGCCGAGCACCAGCGCCCACACGAGCUUCUCCUCAUCCUCUGCCGCUUCGAGCGACGCAGGUGACUCUGCACAAGACGAUGAUGCGCGACGGACACACCAGUCCUCCACGGCCUCCCUGCCCAGCCUGUGCUCCUCGGCUACAUCCAUGAGCAUACACGAGGAGGCAGUAGCCACUCCCUCCGCCAAGCAGGAGUCAGCCGCGCCAUUCGACCCGCAGCCACGCAACGCCUCCAUCGACUCUCCCCUCUCGCAUGCCCGCUCUCUCCUCGAGCACCAAGCCGCCUCCCUCCUCUCCGCUGCUCGCCGGUUGCGCGAAGAGGAAGAGACAUCCCACUCCUUCUCGCACGCCCAACAGCUGGUGACAGAUACCCUGCGCGGGGGAGGCAAGCUCGUAUGGACCGGCGUAGGCAAGUCGGGCAUAAUUGCUCGGAAGCUCGCCAGCACAAGCUUGAGCCUGGGCAUGCCCGCCACCUGGCUCGACCCUACGGAGGCCUUGCACGGCGAUCUCGGCUUACUCAACGGGAGUGAAGCGAGUAGUAGCAGCUGUUUGCCUUCUUCCUCAGCAUCAUCAUCAAGCCAGAUCCCUCGUCCUCCACAGGACCUGCUCCUCGCCCUCUCCCACUCCGGCUCAUCAAAGGAGGUGGCCACCCUUCUCCCGCACGUAGAACGUCGGCGGGUACGCAUCAUCGCAUUGACUGCGAAGCGGGACAGUCCGCUAGGUCAAGCAGCACAGCGGAGCGGCGGAGCGUGGCUGGACUGCAGAACAGCCACUGCCUCGAAUGAUGCCAAGGCUCAACCAGCCUGCUCGGCAUGUAAUGCUGCCCCUUGGUCUUACUCUGGGGAGGGAACGGAUGAGGCGGACCCUUGCUUGCCUGCCCCGUCCAGUAGUACGACCACGGCACUCGCGAUGGGCGAUUCGUUGGUGCUCAGCUGUGCGAAGGCUCUCGGGCUGGGGGAGAGAGAAUUUGCUAAGAACCAUCCCGGUGGCGCAUUAGGACAGCGCUUUUUGGCGCAGGAGGCUGAGGAGGCUAAAAGGGCUCAAGGGAAAGCAGUGGGCGCGGCUGCGUAGAACGACGAAGGGGUAGAUAGACUGGAUUGCAUCGAGAUGGCGGAUUCGUAAUGACUUGCAAGCAAAGGGGAGCGCAUUGUACAGCCGCGCCUUCUCUCGCUCCUUUGCACCUCUCCUCUUCUAAUCUGACAUCUAGCAUAGACAUUGCCUCCGAUCAACCAUCGCCUGCUUGUCCUCUCGUCCACGCACGCACCGCUCACGCAUCCUGCCAAUCCAAUGUCCCCAACAACGCCGUCUUUGUGGGCAACCUCCCCUGCGUAGGGCUGAGCACGGUCAUCCUCUUCUUGGCGACAUCGAUGCUCUGAACGUGUACAAACCCGCGGACAGUCUGCGUGCCUAAUCUUCGUUUCCCCUCUUCUUCGCCCAACUCGCCC